AUGGAGCUCGUACUGCCUGCCCCCCUCCUCCUCCUCCUUCCCUUACUGCUCGUCUCCUUGGCCGUCCUGGCGAGGAGGCGCCGCGGCCGGCGGACACCUCCUCUCAGACUCCUGGUGGUGGCCGGCUCUGGUGGGCACACAACAGAAAUCCUGAGGUUACUUAGCUGUUUGUCAGAGUUGUACUCUCCUAGACAUUAUAUUUUUGCAGACUCAGAUAAGAUGAGUGAAGCAAAAAUACGUUCUUUUGAACAAAAAAGGUCUGAAACAUUCUCCAAUUCACAGUUCACCCUUGAUCGCAUUCCCAGAAGCCGUGAGGUUAGACAAUCUUGGACCUCCUCUGUGGUAACAACCCUGUACUCCAUACUUCACUCCCUUCCUUUGACCUACAAACUGAAACCAGAUUUGAUACUGUGCAAUGGACCAGGAACAUGUGUUCCUGUCUGUAUAUCUGCUCUUCUUCUUGGGCUUCUAGGAAUAAAGAGAGCAAUCAUUGUGUAUGUAGAGAGCAUCUGCCGUGUGGAAACUUUAUCCCUGUCUGGAAAGAUUCUUUACUACUUUUCAGAUUACUUCAUCGUUCAGUGGCCUGAUCUAAAGGAAAAAUAUCCCAAGUCGGUAUAUCUUGGUCGAAUAGUGUAACUACAGAAGACAGGCUUUACAUAUAAUAAACUCUGCAAGCUCCUCGCUGAAGAAAUUCAUUCAUGUAGCGAUUUAUUUUCAAGGAUUCCUGUUAAGAAAUUAGGCUGGUACUCGAAAAGGAGAC